AUGGCGUCCGAGACGGGCUUCAAGGCUGAGACAGAUGGCCCUCGAGAGACAAUCUCUGUCGGACAAGGUCCCAAUAAGACAGGGCCCCAAAAGGAUGUCCCUGUGUCAGGAAACCAGAAUUCAAGUGUUGAGUCCGACAUUGACAUCGACAUCGACGCUGACGCCACUGCCACGGACAACACAACCAAAACCACUCCGGCCACCUCAACACCUACCACUACCACUAUCACUACCACUGCUACCGCCGCCGCAACCGACCAAGAGAAACGCGAUCUCAUCGGGCACUACGCGGACGUAUUCUUCCACCGCUUCCGCCGGUACCCGACCCCCUGGAGCGGAUGGACGUUGUCAACCACGAGAUCUGGGGCCGCGCCAAGCUGGACCGGCGGUACCUGA